AGGUAUGAAUGAAGACGACGAUGUUGGAAUUUCUGUGGAAUUCGAUCAAUGCACGCAGGAGACAAUGUUCUACAAUUCUUGUCUAGAAGAUCGUGACGAAGGAGGAAGCGGAGACAUCUCACGUGCUGAUUCUGCAGUAUGUCUCACGACACCUAGAGAUCCGUUUCCAGCUGUUCUACAGAAGUUCAACUCAUCUCGUAAGAAUCAUCAAAUAAAAAAGUUUCAUGAUAGCAAUGUAAAACGAUGUCAAGAGUACAGAAAGAGUAUGGAACAUCAAAGAAAUGGAACAGACAGUUAUUUGCUCACUCAACAACGGCUCGCUGUUCAUCUCAUCGACUUUAUUGAUUUACCUGUUAAAAAAAAUACUCAACGAAGAAUAUGCACUGAUCGUGUGUCGAUGCCUCUAUACAGAUUGACGUCUGGUGGUCUUGAAGUGAACUCGGAUUAUUAUUUUCCAAUGGAAUCUCCGUAUGCGAAUAUUCAAAAAUCUUAUCUACGAACACUGGCCGACCACCUCACUCGAACUCAUCGGAAGCUUAACGAAAUAUGUGAAUUUGUGGAGAGAUGUGAAGAACACAGUCAACUGAUGCUUCCGACACUGAUUACUGUACUCUGUGAUUGGGUGAAACAAUUUCUUAGAGAUCACGCUUGUCAUCUCGACGAACUUCGUGCUGAGCGACUGGAAGAUCCUUUACAGACAUUGGCUCGACUAAAUAAAAAUAUGGAAGAGGUGGAAAUAGUGAGAGCAGUGAUUGGCGAUGAUGUUGGAAGACAUAUUUGGUUAUGGGAAGAUAUUGAAAACUCUUGGAAUCGUGUAUUCCUGUUAACACAAAUGGAUGCCAUCGCAAAGAAGAGGGAUGUUGUCAAGUUGUUACAAAAUAAAUGGAUUCGCGCUUUGUUGUCAAUUAUGGAUCAUAUUUUCGAAAUUGGAAGAGUUCCUGCAGCUAUCGACUAUUUUGUUUUGCACAAUGACGUCAAACCGGAUGCUCAAAUUCUACUUUGUCGAGAUAUCAAAGAAGUUCAAUCGUUACUUUGGGAUGAAGAACUGAUUGAAAUCAUUCUUGAAGCAGUCAAAUGUCGGAUCCGUGUUGGAUUAAUUGAAUUUCCAGUCAAAACAUUCACGAAUGCAUUUGAUUCAUUACGAGCCGCAGCUAAAUUCACUGAAGAUCUUCUACCAUUUGAUGAAUUCCGAUCUCUAUUUUUUGAUACAUGUCUCCUACUUCAGGAUCAGUUUGCACAAGAGCUACUCAAUGAAUUACAUAGAAACAACCGAUUUGUCAACUUGUGGGUCGACUUAGAGAAUGUUGUCAUUGGUUCGAUUUCACAGCAAUAUGCAACAACAGUCUUCCGAUCAGAUUCCAAUGUUACCAACUUUGCUGAUGCAUUUUGGUUGGCAUCGAGAGGUCGGAUGAGUAAGGAAAAUAUGAAUAUAUUCUCAUGGAUUUCAACAAAAUCUGAAUUCACAUGCAAGCUCGAGCAUAUGCUGGCUUCAUUCAUUCGUCCCGAAGUUAUUGACGUCAUGAAUCAGUGUAUGAAGUUUGCACACAGCGCAUAUCGAACCAGAGAAUUGCUAGUUACGAUGGCUAAUGACAAAGAACUACUAUCUCGAAUGAAAUGUCCACAAUCCACAAUCGAUGUUUCUCUCGCUCAUCACAAAACGAAUGCAAUCGAGAAAAUGAAUCGAGCACUUAGAACAAAACUUCGUUUCUUUGUAUUCACACUCGAACAAGUUGUGUCACAUUUCAGAGAGUUGUUCUCUGAUAAGGUUCGCUAUGUAUUUCGAACGGCACGUGAUCAAAUUGUGAAUGCAACAAGCUUGAAGCAGGUGGAAAAUGCGAUUACAGAUGGUCACAAGAAGCUCUCAGAUCUUGUUGUACGCAUUGGAAUCAGACGAUUGGUUCAUGAAAAUAUGGAUAUGUUUAUGACUAUGACAGAUGAGAUACGGUUACGAUCAGUCUCCAACACGUUGGAUCUUGACUAUUUGGAUCGAUGUGAAACAAGUGUUCGAAUUACUUUACAAAAGCUGCUUUCUCUACACGAAGCUUGGGGAAACGACAAAGAUUCCAUAUUUUUCCAUCUUUCUGUCCGAAUAGGAAAAUUGAAUAUGGGUACCUAAUCACUUCUUAUUCACUGCCUGGUUUUUAUCGCCUUAUGUUCAAAAUUUUCAUGCAUAAUCACUUUCUGAAAAUAUGGGUUAAUUCAAUAAAAAAUUUUAAAUUUUAAAU